AUGAUGUCUGCCAACGACGACGCGAAGGGCAUGAUCGCCCAGGAGGAGCGCGAGCUGCGGCGAGUUUUCGACCACUUGAGCUCGUACCGUCAGAAGAAGCGGCUGGCUCACACGAUAAGCGACUGCAAGGAGCGGCGCCAACGCUUGGAGUCCAGCCGCAACAACCCCGAGGUGUCGGCUCUGCUCAACGAGAAGGGGGCCAAGAUGACGCGCGAGGAGAUCGAGGACGAGCUCCGCAAGGUCGACCAGGCCCUCGAGAAGGCGGUCGCCGACCAAACGGCCGUGCAGAACAGCAGCAGCCACAGCCGCGUGGUCAAGAACGAGGAUCUGUACGAGGCUAUCAAGGCGCUGGGCAAGGUCUGCUCCAAGAAGGAGAUCAGCGACAUGAUCUGGGAGGCCGACGAGAACUUGGACGGCGUCGUGGACUGGGAGGAGCUGCGCGCCAUGUUCAACCGCAACCUGCUCGACAGAACGGAGCUUGAGCCGGCCAACCUCUUCAACGUCGUCCAGUUCAUGACGUACGACAAGAAGAACUGCGGGGUCAUCACUGCGGACGACACCAUGGCCAUCCUCUUUGCGCGCUACGGCCAGUCGCAGCUCGAGAUGCGCAUGAAGCAGCUCUUCGGUGACAGCGACGAGCUCACCUUCGUGGACUACCUCGAGCGUGUCGGCAAGCAGCGGCGCUCGAAUGUGGAAGCGCGGGCGAAGGCGUAG